AUGAAGCGCAAGGCAGAUACUCAAUCUAAUGGCCAGAAUGGCAAAAGUAUCCUGAAGAAACGUGCAAAGAAAGCAUUGUCGGAUGAAGAUGCAAGGAAGUCUUUUAGAAAGGGUCUCUUUGACAAGGAGGUCCUCAAGAAAUAUACCAAAGAAUAUGCCAACUCGGAACCAUAUAAACAUCAAGUCAUCAGCCCAUUAAUCGACGAUGCUUUGCUCCGCGCCGUUCGCAACGAAAUUCGAGAAAAUGUGCACUUCACACCGAAGGAAACGGACAUCUAUAAAAUUCAUCAAUCUGGAGACUUGGCAAAUCUGGAUGGGUUGGAUGAUGGUGCGCUGGAAAAACUGCCUUCUUUACUCAGGCUACGAGAUGCAUUGUACUCGUCUUCAUUUCGAAAAUAUGUUGCGAAGAUUACAGGCUCUGGAGAAUUGAGCGGAAGGAAAACGGAUAUGGCUAUCAAUGUAUAUACUCCAGGCUGCCAUCUCUUGUGUCACGAUGAUGUGAUUGGAAGUCGAAAAGUCAGCUACAUUUUGUAUUUAACUGAUCCGGAUGUGGCUUGGAAGGAAGAAUGGGGUGGAGCUUUGAGAUUGUUCCCUACCAAAGAGUUCGAGGAUGAUGGUGUGACAACCAUUACUCCUAGCCCUGACACCUCGAAGAUUAUUCCACCGGCUUGGAAUCAAUUGAGCUUCUUUGCUGUUCAACCAGGUCAGAGUUUCCACGAUGUUGAAGAGGUAUAUCAUGCCGCAAACAAAGAAGAAUUGGAAAAAGAUGGUGGUAGAGUUAGGAUGGCUGUUAGUGGAUGGUUUCACAUUCCACAAAUUGGAGAAGAAGGAUACGUCAAGGGAGCUGAAGAGAAAUGGGGGAAGAAUAGCAGUUUGAUGCAAUUGCAGGGCAACCCAGAUAAAUAUGACUUCCCGAAGGAAGAGCCAAUUACUGUGACGGAAUCUACGAUUGAAGAUGCUGAUGAGAAUGGUCUUGAAGAGGCAGAUUUGGACUUCUUACUCAAAUAUAUGGCGCCCACUUACUUAACACCGGAUACCUUGGAGCAAAUUACCGAACGUUUCGAGGAGGAGUCAAAUGUUACUCUUGAUGGUCUUCUAUCUGUCAAAUUUUCAACCAAAGUACGAGAAUAUGUCGAAGCGGAAGAAGCUGCAGGUCUACCAGAUAGCAGCGUUGAAAUCGAGAAGGGUUCUUGGAAGGUUGCUAAGCCACCUCACAAACAUCGUUUCCUCUAUCAAAAGCCAUCUAGUGAAGUUUCAGGUGGUCAAAACGAAUUGAAUCCAAUCGAAGAAAUUCUUAAUGUUUUACUUCCAAGCCCUCAAUUCCGCAAAUGGCUUGAGAUUGCUACAUCAUGUCAAAUUGAAAAUUAUGACCUUUUGGCACGUAGAUUUCGCAAGGGUUCAGAUUAUGCUCUCGCGAAGAAUUACGAAGGAGAGCCAAGAUUAGAGGUCGACUUGGGAUUGACGCCUACAACUGGAUGGGGCGACGAUGCUAAUGAUGACGAAGAAAAUGAAGAUAACGGGGAGGAAAAUGAGGAGGAGGAAGAGGAUGAGCCUAAACCAAAAUCCAAAAAGUCAAAGGGCAAAGAAAAGACAAAUGGCAAGAAGAAGGCACCAGAGCCCAAAAAGGAACCUACGCCAGAACCAGAGGAAGAAGAUGAUGUUGGAGGUCAUUUAGUGUUUAUGGCAGGCGAUGAUGAGGAUGACGAAGAUGCAGCAAUUUACAAAGCUGCAGGAGAGGAAGAAGAUGAUGGAGUACUUUUCACUAUGCCGGCUUCGUGGAAUAAGAUGAGCAUUGUCUUGAGAGACAGCGGUGUAUUGAAAUUCGUCAAAUACGUUAGUAAAAACGCAAAAGGCGAUCGAUGGGACAUCAGCGGUGCUUUCGGUGUUAAAGAUGACGAGGAUGACGAUGAGGAAGAUGAGGAAGAUUCAGGGAAAGCAUCACAGGAUUCGAAAGUCUCAUUGGAAGAUUCGGAUGAAGAAGGCACCUUUAAUGGAUUCCCUGACUCGGAACCGGAUAGCGAUUCGGAUUAG